GUGCAGCUGCCUUUUGCCAGGUAACGAGGUCCUACAUUCCUCCCUCCUCCUCCUUUGCCUCCUCCUCUGCCUCCACUGCUACUACUACAAGGCUACGUCCCGUCUGCACAUCUGCUUUCCCGCACCUCUCUCCCCCUCUCCUGCUCUCUCUUUCCCCCUCCGUCUUCUUCUGUUUCCAGAUCUCGCUCUCUCUCUCUCUCUCUCUCUCUCUCUCAUUCGAGCCUUGUUCCCGAGAAACGGCGUCUCGAAUACGCAGUGCACAGGGACUGACGCUGAGGUUGAGUGGUCGCUUGACUUGAUCCAGGGAGGUGGGAGAGAGAGGGAUCUUGCGCAAUAAACUGAUAUAAUCUUCUCAUGGCGCGUCCCAAUGUUCCAAAAUUUGGUGCAGGGACCGGUGCAGCUUACACUGCAGUAUUCGAUCAAGCUCGCACGGGAAAGAAUGGGAAGCCUAUCAAUCCCAAUGAUCCAGCGGAAAAUGUUGGAUUAUACGGUUAUAUGCCCCCGCUUCCUUCUCAGCGAAAUAGUGAACGUCCUCCUCGUGGUCAUGAUGAGAAUCGUCCACGACAUGAAAGGCGCUCCAGCCGUGAAGAUUUAGAUGUGCGCCGAUCGAACGACCCUCCGAGUCGUCAACCACCAUAUCCUGGUCAAGCACCUGCCCGCAAACCUCCUGGUGGAGUUGGCGUUGCAGCUCGUGGAGGAGCUGAAGGUCCCCCGACGCGUCCUGAUAGGGAUGGUUCAAACCAUACUGAUCGAGAUGGCUCCAGUCAUCAUACUGACCGCUCACCUGCACAUCCUCAUGCAAAUAGGGUGGGUGCACGCGAAAAUCGACGCGGAGCUGCCUCACCCACUUGGGAGCGAAGAGGUCGACAGCCUUCUGGAGGGGAUGAAGGUUCUUUGUUAGGUUCAGGUGCUCCCAAGCCUCGUAUGAGGCCAGCCGGACCACGUGAGGAGCCGCCAACCAAAGGGGGAGCAUUGCCGGCAUUCGGAGCUUGGGAUGUGAAAGAUCCAAAUGCUGGAGAUGGUUUCACCAUGAUCUUUCAGAAGCUUUCGAAUGAGAAGAAAGAGGGUGGCCCGGUGCAUAUUCCGAAGUUGAAUACCGAGCAGCUGUCUUCUCAUGAGAAGAGCUAUGACAAGCACAAUCAGUCUAAUGGAUCGAGAGACAAAAAGCAAAGCAGUCAACCGGACUGCGGCUGCAUCAUUUUGUGAACUGAUAACAGCGAUCAAUUUCUAAACAAAGUGACCCUGCUAAUGUGACUUUGAAGCUGAGCAUGACUGAUUAUUCGUGGGUGAAGCUGUUGGCGCACCCACAUUCAUGACGGGAAGGUUGCACCUUAUUUUGUUUGGGUACCUUAUUGUCACUUGUACCGACUGUCUUCUGUGCGGUUUAUUCUGCCUUGAGUGGGGGUAGUUUCUUCACGUGCUAUGAACGCAGGCAUCAAGUACCUCCAAAACGCAGUCAGCCGUUAUCUCGACCAGUGAUUAUUUUUCUGGAUGUUUCUUGAUCCGAUCCCUUGGUGGAGCUUUGAGAGGAUUCUCAAGAUUAAAUUUCUGAGACACGGUGUUUUUAUCUGUUAAUAUAUCUGCGAGGGCGAACGAGCUGUGCUCCACUGCUUACUACAGCUAGACUUGCAGGACCAUACUUGUCAUCUCCGUCCAUAGUUUGCUUUAAACUGUCUAGUCAACUCUUCUGGGAAAAGGCAGUCUUUGAUGCAACCAAGUCUACCUCGAAGAUAGUUUCAUGUAGUGGAGGUCCCUUUCGUUUGGAAGGCGUAGGCCUGGGGAUGUGAAAUGUUUGUGACUUUAGUGUGUGCCAUUUCCUGUUGGCAUAGAGAAAAUAUCAAAACUCUAAUCCAAUGGAUAAAAUCUGCUAUUUUGCAACAUGAUAAACUGAUUCGAAGAGCUUUACGAUUUAUGUUCCA